AUGACAUACACGAUACAUACAGUGAUUUUACAACAAUAUACAUCCUAAAUACAUUGAUCGAUUCACUUCAUUCAUCAUCUUCUCCGAUCGAGGAACUGUUGGUGGUCCGGUUUUCUGGGAGUGCCAUCCGAUCCUGCAACUCAAGAGGAAGAUGCUUGUGCGGCAUUAAACAAUAUGAAAUUAGGUGGAAAGUUAGAUGAUCUUAUAGCUGAAAACCUAUAUCCAGUUAUUAAUAAUGAUUAUGCUGGAAGAAGUGAAGGAGCGGGGAGUAUACAUGGCAGACUGGGGACCUUAGGUACACAGCAUGGCUUAACUAUUGUAGAUAAGCACAUCGAUGUUCUCGAAGACGAAGGAUACAUUACCAUUCCAUGCAAGGAGCUUCCUGAUAUAUGGAAUGAAAAAUCAGAUAUAACAUCAUUUAGAUCCUUUGAUCGCUCUUUUGUUUUUCCAGGUGAACAAGUUCAUAUCUUAGCAAGCUUAUCCACGUUCAAGCAGGAAGAAUACAUAAAUCAGGCAGACGAGUUGUUGAUAAGAUUUAAAAAAUCUCACUUUUUUGCUCGAAUUUCUGAGGCAGAUGAAGCUCUUUGGUCGAGAAGGAAAACUGAUGAAACAUUUGGAGGAAAGUUCAUUCCAGUUGAAUCCUGUAAGGAUGAUGUACCAGCUGACAGAGGAACCCUCGAUGCUAGCACCUCUGGUGGAGUUGCAAAAAAUGACGUUAAAUGUUGUCUACUUGCUAAUGGAGACAUAGUGGUGCUUUUACAUGUAAAUAUCUGUGUUGAUUUUCUAAGAGAUCCAGUUUUGGAAAUUCUUCAGUUCGAAAAAUAUGAAAAUUCGGGUUACUCGGAACAGGACCCAUAUGGAGAUCUCUUGAAAUGGUUGCUUCCCAUACAUAAUUCAGCAUCUCCACCUCGAUUUUUAUCUACUCCAGAAAUGAGUCCCAGUUCAAGCACUCGUAACUCAUUGUCAAAACCAAAUCCCCCAAGCUCUUUUGGUUCUCAAAACUUUUUAUUAGGUCAGUUUAGAAGUCACUCUAUGUCAUCACUUUCAUCAAAAAGUGUACCUCCUACUCUUCUCAACUCCAAUAAGUCUGGGAGUGAAAGAAAUGGCGAAGGGCUUUUAUCUUUCCGGGGAGUGCAGUUGGAGCCAGAACGGUUUUCAGUUCGUUGUGGACUGGAAGGAAUUUAUACUCUGGGUAGACGAUGGAGGAGGAAGAUUGAAAUUAUACAGCCAUUAGAGAUUGAUUGCUUUUCUGCUGACUGCAAUACAGAAGAUCUACUUUGUGUCCAAAUAAAGAAUGUUUCUCCAGCUAAUGCACCAGAUAUCGUUUUAUACUUGGAUACCAUAACAGUUAUAAUUGAGGAGGCUUCCAAAGGUGGACCGCCUUUGUCUUUGCCAAUUGCGUGUACUGAGGCUGGCAGUGACCAUGGCUUGCCAAAUCUACCCCUCAGGAAAGGUGAGGAACACUCAUUCAUACUUAAACCAUCAACACCACUUUGGAGUUCUAAUGUUUAUAUGGAGAAAAGCUCUCAAACAUCACAAUUGCCAACUGGAAGUGCACGAUCAAUCGUACACAUCUUCUCUAAUGUGGAUCAUGGUGCCUUGUCUAGUACUAAAUAUGCAGUUCUUGUAUCAUGUCGGUGCAACUAUACUGAAUCUAGAUUGUUAUUCAAGCAGCCAACAAACUGGCGACCACGUAUCCGAAAGGACAUUAUGAUCUCUGUUGCAUCUCACAUGUCGGGACACGCUCUUCGGGCAGAUGCCAGAAUCUCUAAUUUAUUUGUUCAGGUUUUAACUCUUGAGGCUUCAAAUUUGACAAAUGAAGAUUUAAAGUUAACAUUGCUUGCUCCACCUUCACUUUCUUCUUCUUCCGUGGUGUCAUUAACUUGUUCACCUAGAUCACCUUUGAGCCCAAUUGAUGAUAGACGAAACACUGCACUGCAGAGGCAACGCUCAGCAUCUAAGGUACUAAAUCAGAGAUGUGGUGAGGGUGAUGAUCAUGACCAUACAUAUGGAUCUUUUAAUGAGAAAACAAUUCCCAUUUCUGAUGUCCUUCCAAGAAGUGAUCUGGGCCGUACACAUAUGUGGUUGAAGAGUAGAGUUCCUCUAGGGUAUGUCCCUUCUCGAUCCACCAUUACUUUCAAGCUCGAGCUACUUCCACUAACUGAUGGCAUUAUAACACUAGAUUCUUUGCAGAUUAAUGUUGAAAAAGGUCGUUCUUAUGUCCCCGAGCAUCCGCUAAAGUUAAAUUCAACUUCUGGCAUACGCAUUGGAGCCAUUUAAGUUUGCUUGUUACAGAGUUAUCUCCUCCUGUUUUGCUAGUUUGUGUGUAUGAAUAGGGGUAGUUGGGUGGGAGAGAAAUGAAGGCUUCACUUAUUGUUGUCUUGUUUAUCUUUAUGCCUGGUUUAUAAAUAUAAGCCACAAUUUGUCCGAUUUCGUUUCAUGUUAUUUAAACAGCUGCAAAUCCAUCUAUAUUUUGCUAAAUCUAAAGAUGAUAAUGGGGUUUUGUGUU